AUGAAUCAGACAUACCGAAUGUGUAUGAUUCUGAUGCCUGGCUAUAUAUGGUAUAAGAAAGUAUUGUACCAUAUGUUAGACAUUACUACAUGGAAUUCAUAUUUUAUUUGCACAAAACAUUUUAACACAAAUUUAAGCUUUAAGCAAUUUCGUGAUCAGCUAAUUAAAAAUUUAAUUGGACUUCCAAUGCAAACUACAGCAACAGAUCUGUUUAAAAUUAAAAAAACGAAAACUCAAGCGCCUGAAAACAAUCACUAUGCAGUAAAAAUUGCAAAAGACAAACAUACUUUAAAAAUUGCAUUCAGUGUUACAAAACUAGAAUACGAAAACAAACAUCAUUUCAAUGUAAAGUCUGUGGCAAACCUCUUUGUCCUGGGAAAUGUUUUGAAGAAUGGCACAAUCAUAAUCAAUGAGAAAUAA